AUGGUACGGGGUGUAACCCUUUUGGGUGAAAAAAAGCCUUGUGGAGAGCUGAGACAGCAGCUUGGGAGUUAUGCAUUGAGUACGGGGGAGGAAAACAAGUUAAGGGGAGUGUAUAAGGUAGCAAAAAGGUUCCCUGCUGGGACCCCCAAUGUACCAGAUUACAUCAUUGCGGAAAAAAAAUUGGGGUUUUGGCAGCUUUGUGAUGUGUUUAAAGCUUUUAAAAAAAGGAAGGGCAAGGGAGGGUGGGAGUAUCCUUUUUGGAAAAGCCUCUUUUGGGGAAAACUCCAAAAUUCUUCUAAAACAAUGGAUGAAAUUUAAAAGAAAAAAUUUAAAAAAAAGGGCAAAACCAUCGAUGUGCCCUUUUGGAAAAAAAACAUUCCCGAGUGCCGAGAUUUAUUACAGAGUUGCUUUGAACGGUGUGAGCAAGAGGGAAUUUAUUUUGAAAAAAUUUUUUUUCCCUUUUGUGGACCUUGGCACAAACCCGGUCCAGCGAGUAUGAGAAGGCAAAACCCAAAUUUUUCCUCGGCAGUCAAUUUUGAUGAAUGUCAGGAGUAUGAGCAGGCUUUCAGGCACUAUUGUGAAGCACUCCAGUACCUUGUUCCACUCCUCCACGUAGAAGGCAAUGCAAGCAAACGCUCUGCUUUACGACGAAAGAUUGCAGAGUACAUGAAUCGAACAGAAGAUCUCAAGAAAAUCAUAAAUAAUGAGAGUGAUGCCAUUAAAAAUAUGAAAAUUCCUAAAAUUCAGAGUGAAGAAUCUGUUGGCAGUACAGAAUACAAAGGUAAUCGUGAAGAGCUUUUGAGGUUGACAGCUACAACUCCGCAGAUUCGCUCUGCUAUAGAAAUUGCAGCUUCAGGAGAGCUGUAUGCAUACGAAGGAAAUUAUACCGUAGCUUUUGAAAAAUACCAGCUAGCAUUGGGGAAGUUGUUAGAACAUUUGCAAAAUGAACCAAAGGGACGUAGAAAAGACCUUCUUAGAGAGGAAGUUAAACGAUGGAUGUCACAAGCUGAGCACUUGAAAGAGGUUCUUAAUAAAGAUUCAUCUCAAGCAAGUGUCAAUGAAGAAUUAUUUGCUGAGAGUGAUGAUAAAAAUUGCUCUGUUCAGUGACAAAAUGUACUUCUUGGAGCUGAAGUUAUAAUGUAAUAUUUAAAAAAAAAAAAUACUGUUUCCAUAAUUUUCCACGAGUUCCAUAAAAAUGCUGUACUUUCCAAAUAUUAAGUAUUGUAUAUAGAACAAAUUGAUUGUUAAAAAAUUUUAAUUUUAAAAAAACUUGCACAGUUGUAAACCGUGCUUACUCUUUAAGAGAGUCAUCUUGUUGACUGAGUGUUAUCAGAUAUUGCAUUGAAGGAUAAUUAGGAGAUUUUUAUCAGUUUGAUUGCUACCUAUAUAUUAAAAAAUGAUGUUCUCUCAGGAAAAUAUGUCCAUUAUGCAGUGGUGUGCAAAUUACUUUGUUCAUAAGGUAUAAUAAGGUACAGUGCCAUAUUUGUUUUAUGACCGUGUGUUGUACUGCAUAUAUUGAUGCUGUGUUUUAUAACAUUACACUUUAAAUAUUUUUAAUAAAUUUCAUUGGAUUACAUUGUUAUAAUUUAAUUAAACAAAGCACAGGGUAUAUACACAGAAAAGUGUAUAUCUCUCAGUGUAUAUACACUGAGAGAUUACCUUACUGUACUGUAAUCUCUGUAUAUAAGAAUUAAAGCAAUCAUUAUACUGUAGUGUACUGUACACAUGAUUUGUGGCCUUAAGCAUCCAUGUGCAACAGAUUGGGUUUAACCCUAACAAGCAAACUUUAUUGUAAGGAUUAAAUGUUACUGAAUCAAAGUAAUGGCAAGCAGUAACACACAGUUUUGUUAUUAUUACAGUACAUUACAUGGAAACUCAUCCGAUUUUCCGGCAACGAUAGCAUGAAUUAUUGGGAGAAGGAGGGGAAGAUUUCGUUUGGUCAAAUUUAAUUUGUAAUUCCAGUAAUAUUUUGAUAAAAAGAAAUUAUGUUGAGAGUUAGAUUAAUAUAGUAGUUGCUGAUUCACUAAAACACCCAGCAACUACAGUGUGAAUUAUCAUGGGGAAGAGAGAUUUGGUUUGGUCAGAUUUAAUUUGUAAUUCAAGUAAUAUUUCGCUAAAUUUUUUUUUUUACGCUGCCCAUCUAUAACCCUGCCUCCAUGGAAGAUGGCCAGUGUGUUAAAAAAAAAUUAUGUUUAGAUUUUGAUCAAUAUUAGUAGUUGUCAGUUCACUAAAACACUCAGCAACUACAGUGUGAAUCAUCAGGGCAGAGGGGAUGAUUUGGUUUAGUCAGAUUUAAUUUGCAAUUCCAGUAAUAUUUUGAUAAAAAAAAUAUCUUUAGAUUUAGAUUAAUAUAGUAGUUGUCAGUUCAUUAAAAAAAAUCCUCUUUAAAGCAAAUCACAGAACUGGUGGGGCUUGAACCUCUGGCAGGCACAUCCUAAAACUUGCAAGCCCCAUGUGUUCUAUGAUUUACAAAUAACCCGCACAUAAAAGAGAGAAGCUUACGACGACGUUUCGGUCCGACUUGGACCAUUUACAAAGUCACUUUGUAAAUGGUCCAAGUCGGACCUAAACGCCGUCGUAAGCUUCUCUCUUUCAUGUGCAGGUUAUUUGUGUAUCGUUCCAGUCACAGUAUUGUGCCUUUUUUUGUUAUUCUAUGAUUUAUUUGUAAUCAUUACAGUUUUCUGGUUCAGAUCCUUCAUAUUUUGAAAUUUUUUUAUAAGAGUUUUCAAUGGUUUUGCACAUUUGAAAUUCUUAAUGCAAAAAACACACAAAUGCACCAUGUAUCUCCUGCCACUAAUAUCAUAACUAGGUUUUACAAAUAAUGCUUUGGAUCAUUCUUUAGGAAGAAAUAAUGUACGUCCUAUAUAUGCAAAACUAGUCUGUAGAAUUGUAUGGAAAAUCAAUUUGAAAACCUAUUAAUACUAUAAUUAUUAUUAUUAUUAUUAUAAUCUUGUAUUACUGUUCAUGAGAAAGAUGGCUUUAAUGUUACUUACACAAACCUCUUAAUAUUUUCAACCCCCUAGCUAUGUAAAACCCUGUACAACAUUUCUGUAGCUCUAUUUCUGCCUAAAAUGUUAUUCGUAUUACAUAAUUACUGUUCUUUAUUAUUUUUAUUAAUUUCCUAUUAUGCUUAGUAUAAUUUGUACAUAAUCUAUAACUAUAUAGUCUUGUAAACAAAUUUAUACCUAUGAAACAUUGUACGUACCAAGUUUUCUGUAUCUGACAGGGUUUAAGUCCCGGUGUAACCGGUUAAAAUGUUUCAGUGUAAUAAUGCAGAUAUUGUUUCAAAAGUAUGACUGUAUGAUAUAUAUAUUGUACAGUAUAAUAAAGUUAAUCAUGUAUGCUACUGGCACGGUACAUGAGUUUCUUGUAUCUGAACUUGUACUGGAGAUAAUGCUACUUGUGGGUAGAGAAGGUUUUAUGUGCAAGGGGCUUGGACUUCCAGCAAGCAUGCAUGAGUUAAAUAGGAGCGAGUGGAGGCAAAUGGUUUUUAUGACUUGAUGUGCUGUUGGAGCGUGAGCAAAGUAACAUUUAUGAAGGGAUUUCGGGAAACUGGUUAGCCGGACUCGAGUCCUGGAGGUGUAUAGUGCCUGCUCUCUGAAGGAGUGUUGGAGAUAUGUUGCAGUUAUUUUAACUGUAGUGUCAGCACGCCUCUGGCUAGACAGUGAUGGAGUGGGUGAUGAUGAAAGUGCUUCAUUUGCAGGUCACCCUGCCUCUGUGGGAAAUGGUUGAUAUGUUAAUAAAAAAAAAUCUAAUAUUGUUGAUAUUUUUGUUUAAGAAGAUUGGCUAUGGUAUGUUGAAUUAAAUUUAGACGAUAUGAAGAUAUGUACGUAUUAUGUUUAAACCCCUUAAAGUUGGUUUAUAGAUGAAAAUACAGGGUUUGAUACAAUGGUUUUUCCCCACGUCAGUCCAGACAAAAAUGUGAAAGAAGGAUGUGUACUUUUCACUACAUUGUUCUUAAUAGCCAUCAAGGGACUCGCCUCAGUUCUUCUUGGGAUUUGGUCUUUAUAGUACACAUGUAUAUGGAAGAUUUUACCAUUGCUUAUAUCUCAUGGAGAGACAUUCUGUUCCACUUUGUGAGAAUUGUCUAGUUCCUGUUUUAAUUUCUCAUAUUCUGUUGGACUGUCCUGUCUAUCAACAAGCACACAGAAUUUUCCUUCAGCGUCGUCACCACUCUAACGCCCUUACUUUAUUUUCCCUCCUUGCCGACAGACAUGCCUUUGACACAGACUCCCUCUUCCGAUUUUAUGACAGCAACUGAUUUAUUACACAAACUUUGAUAAUCCUUCCUUUAGCACUCCUCACAGCCCCUCCUAACUUUACCUAUACAGAUUGUCACCUCAACCCUUAUUUAUCCUUAGAUCCUGCAUCAGUUCCUACCCUGCAGUGCUGUAUGACCCUGGUAGGUUUAGUGCUUUCUUUUGAUUAUAAUAAUAAUAAUAAUUACCAUUGCACAUACUGAUAUAGACAUCUAGUGGCUGCCUAUGUUAAUCCAUUAUUGAUUGCAUGUCAGUUGGGCUUCCUCACACAGCUUCAAGUUUUUUGUAUCCAAAGCAAGUUUGAUCAACUUUUAUGCAGCACCUUAUUAUUUGAGUGUUGAUCUACAAGCCUUUUGAGGCUGUAAAGUAAAAGGUAGUAAGCUUCUUCAGUACUGAGCUAAAGCUUCUGGGCUUCUUAGGCUCCUGAUCUCUUGGGAAGGAUCAGUUAUAGCUGCUAGGUCUCUCGAGGGAGUUGAGUUGCAGCUGCUCUGCUUCUUUAAGCUUUUGACAUACAGCUAAUAGGCUUUUUUUCAGGCACUGAUUAUUAUUAUAAUCAAAAAGAAGCGCUAAGCCACAAGGGCUAUACAGCGCUGCUUUCAGGCACUGAAAUACAGGACUGGGGCUGUUAUACAGGGGAUGCCCCUCUCAGAUUGAGCAACACCUGAAAUGUCUAAAGUUUCAGUGCUGUGACCCCAACAAGUUAAUGGUUUUUAUGAAUCCAGCAAGACUAGGAAAGGAUGAAUGUGUGUGCAUACUUUAACCCAUCCAGUUACUGACAAGACCUAACAAUGGUGUGUGGUGUGGGAGUUUGUAAAAAAAAAAAUUUGUGACCCAAAUUCUCAUUGCUCUCUCUCUCUCAUUAGAAUGGUAGUAGUAAAAAGUUCCUGUUUAUUACUAGUAUGCACUGCAAGGGAGAUGCCUUGAUGUUUGCUAAGCUGCUCUUGAUCCAAGGUAUUGGAAAUUACUAUUCCCUUCUUCAGAUCACGUCUGUCACUGUAUGACCUUUUGGGUAUAGCGAUUCCUCAAUGAAUAUUGUGUUGGAAAUGUGCAUCCACUGUUACAAAAGUACAAGGAAUAAAAGAAACAAAAUUU